UCAUUUUUCGGCCGCACCUAUAACAACAUAUCCGCCAUUGCGGGUUGCAAAAAUAAUGGCGAUUGCGUUAUUAACAAAAAGAAUCGUACCGCAUGUAAAGCCUGUCGUCUACGUAAAUGCCUGCUAGUGGGAAUGUCAAAAAGUGGCUCACGAUAUGGUCGACGUUCGAAUUGGUUUAAAAUCCACUGCCUUUUACAAGAGCAGCAAACAAAUAGCGGAACGGCGGGACAAAACAACAGUGGAAAUUCGAAUAGUAAUUUGGAACAAUUGGCAAGACUGCAUCAGAUACAUGCCCGUCAGACCUAUCAGGAUAAGACAAAUCCCUGCAUAAAGUCAGCCAUUAGUGGUGGGGGAGGUGCGUCGGGAACCGCUCUCAGUAUACCAGUAACCAGCAGCCAUAAUAAUAACAACAAUAACGUCAAUACUCUGGCGGGGAAUGUGGGGAGUAACUUGAGUAAUUUUCUUAAUCCUGCCAAAUUUUUUAAUGGUGCGGAGUCGAUGUCUUCGGGCAACAAUACCGCGAAUAAUAAAAGCCAUAAUGAAUCCCGCCUUAGCGAUACACCCAGCGAUUCGGGAGCCUCUUCUGCAGGUGAUCCCACAGAUGAUGGUACAAGUACGGCAAGUCUACGGCAUCAUAGCCACAGUCAACAUCAUCAGCAAUUGCUGAAAUCGGAAAGGAAUUGUAACUCGGCUCAUCAACCCAUGGAUAAUGGCUGCAGCGAAGAAGAUUCCGAUGAACGAGAACGCAGACGACAACAAUUUCUACAAAUAUUUCGUAGUCAUUCCGAACCUCUACAUAGUCCAUUUGCAUCGUUUGCUUUUACCCAACUACCACCACCUGCGGCAGUAUUAAAUACAGCUGCCCUGGCAGGUUCACCACCGGCAUUUAUGUUACCCGCCAUUAAGACACAUGAUAGCUUCCAACUGAGAAUGGAAGCUGGUGAUCAUCAUGAUGCGGAGGAGAGUGAUGUGCAGGAUGAGCCGAUCGACUUAUCGUUGAAAAGUCGGCAAAGUCAAUCACCAAAACCGGAGGCAAAUAAAAGUCUAACACCCGAGCCGGAAAUGGAAUGUGGCAAAGGUGGUGUGGGAGUUUUGGAUUUAACACUGUUGAUUAUCAUUAGUGGCGGAUCUCUUGAAAAGUACAAGUUGUGUGACUGCAACACAACGGCCACCACCAAAAGUGAGAUCCAAAAGAACAACAUCAUUACCACACAACAACAACAGCAGCAACACAUUGCGGUGACCACUGCGCUUCCUUAA